CUCCUCCUUCCCACUCCUUCAUCUUUCUUUGGCACACUCCACGCUCGAUUACCGCUUCCAAGAAUGUUCUUCCGACAGGCCCUCCUUGCCAGUGCGGCAAUGCUCUCCAUGUCGGUCGCUCUGCCGACAGUCGACCAAACCCAUUCGCAAUCCUUGACUCUACGGGAUGAUACGCAAUGUGGUGCUGGGACGACCUUUUAUGCCUGUUACUUGAACCAUUUUCGGGGCUGUUGUUCGGUCGAUCCUUGCGCCCUGGAAGCCGGUUGUCCCGACAACAACAACAACAAUCACUUCCAUCACAAUCAUAGCACAGAGGGAGAAGAAGAAGAAGCAGAACAAACAGACGAAGAGAAAUGUACUCCUUCGGUGACUCAUCAAGUCUUUCAGCCGCAGAUGGAGAUUAUUUUCCCCCUGGAUCCCGCUGCGCCUGCGAUCUCGACCCCCGAUUUGAAUCUCUCCCGGUCUGCCACUACACAAUGGGACCAACUCAUGACCUUCACCCUGCCUACUGAGGCCCGCCAAUGCACUCUUGGAUGGACGAUCCCUGCUCGUCGCAACUUCACUGCGGGGUCCAAUGCCUUGGUGCGCGUUCUCGAGCUAAUCGCCCCUGGCAACAUCACUCGCAUCGGGGCUGCUGAAUUCUCCUUUUGGCCCGACACCCCCGGGCCCCACGAAGCCCUGGUCGGAACUACCGAUUGCAAGGAAACAAUGCAGUUCCACUUGACCCUCGAGCAUCGCGACGCUGUAUUCAUGGCCCAGAAUGAGGAAACAGGCUGGUGGGUGCGCUACACAUGCUGAUGACGGUGGAAUUGAUGUGUCGUUGGAUGCAAGGGUGGUUGGUUGUAGUUCACUUGGGCGAUUGACGAGUAACGAGUAUGUAGGUACAUAGAUAUAAU